GGUGAUUCCUGCACGGACUCGGUGCGACAGAUUCGUGAACUGCAACAGCUGAAAGAUAUCAUCAUAGCGCAGUGUCAUCUGCAUUCGUUCACCUACGAUUUCCACUUACGAAUGUUGAGCAGAUACCUUGUGGGAUACAAUACACAUGCAUUUUUGGUGGACUUCCUGGAAUACUAUGGCUGCCGGCCGCCCAAUGCGAGGAAUUGCGUCUAUGAAGGAGGCGAUGUUUGGGAUCAUUUCCUGAGCUGCGAGAAAGCAUACGGUUGGACGGUACUGAAGCUAAAGAACAGCGAAGAACGUUCUACCGAACAACGUCGUGACGAUUUUAUGCUUGUUUCGAGCGAAUCAACCACAUCUACUGAUGGGUCGAAAGAGCUUUUCCGAGUGGUACUACGUGAUCGCCGCCAUGAACGAGAAGAACUACAGCUGGUGUUCUACUUGAUAGCAGUGUCGACGGAACAAACUUCACCACUGGAGGAAGAACGUCAUCGCGAAGAUUCUCGGCAAAGUGAAGUUGGAGAAUUCAAGAACUUCGAGAAGAAAAAGGAAGUACCGCCGGUGGAAAGUGUAAAAGAUUUAGAGCAAAUGUUGGAUCGUGAUGAAGACGCCGAUGGUAAUUUGUCGUCUCGUAGACGGUUUUCUAGCGGUGGCCAUUUGCAAAGCUCGACAACAGCUACCUUAGCUAUCAACAAACCGCCUACUUUGGAUGGUACGAUUCCCGGCGAGCAUGUGACGUACAUUCAUUUUCUCAGUGCUCGACAAAGAAUUCUACAAAAGGAGGUUGAGGAUGCUGUUUCGCAGUUCAGCUUGCAACUGACCUCAUGUGUCAAAGAGGCAGAGUUUUUGUGUCGCCGUGCGAUUAUGUGGAAACAGGUGUUGCUGCCAAAAACUGGGCGCUCCGCGCAACCAACAACGGGUUUGAGCAGUAUUUUCCUAGGAUCGAACCCGAACAGAAGCCUUGACCCAUGGCAUCAGUUACGCUCAGUGUCUCAUCAUGAGACGAUGGAACCGUCCAAAUUGAAAACUCUUAUAUCGAUCGUUAGUCAGUACUACAUGGAAAGUCGUGAGCCAAGACUUCGUGAAUUGUUAGAAGGUUCAAAUUGCGCUCGGCUGUGUCGUUUUCUGUUCGCCCGCUACGGACCAGAUCGAUGUCGUUUCUUCGAGUUCCCGAAUUCAACAGAAAAGUGUUUAAUACUGACGAAUCCGGAUUUGGAUGCGAUGUUUUUGAUAGAAUGUGUCGGUGAAACGACUCCAACACUAAGCGUACUGCUCAAGGAGGCGGAUCUCGUCGAGGAUACGCAAGACGAGUCGAAAUUGCAACAACGAUUGGACACGGCAUUUGACGACUUGGUGGCAUGUGUGACAGCAUUUUUGUGGACGGACCUUUUGCAAAAACCUCCUGGAACUCAUUAG